UUCUGCGCGACCAUCACAAGUCACUCUGUCGACUUUCAUCUGUUAAGAACAUACUCUCCGUGCACAUCAUUCGCAUAAGACUCGACUUAUUUUUCUUUUAACGUAUUCAGUCGCCGAAACUAUUCAAGAACAACUCUACAAGCAUGGAGUUUGAAAGUAAAUCCCAAGUCUUGACAUACGAGCAGGUCCACCGGCUCGACAACGUACUCAACCAAGUCGUACAAGUACAUGGUCGGGGUAACUUCCCAACUCUCGAUGUUCAUUUACGAGAAUUGAUCAAUGUGGUCUCUUCUGGCUUGAAAGACGAAAACCUCAGAAUCCGAGACAUUCGACUGAAUGGUAGCACAGCCAGUUAUAUCUUGAGCAGGGAUAGUAACACUGCGUACAACGACAUUGACUUGAUCUUCGGCGUCGAGAUCAAGUCCCACACGCAUCUACAACAAAUCAAAAGCGUGGUAUUAUCGUCCCUUCUGAACUUUCUUCCCAACGGUGUCUCCAAGGAAAAGAUGUCUAGCUGUACUUUGAAGGAAGCCUACGUUCAGAAAAUGGUAAAAGUUUCGAAUGACAACGAUCGAUGGUCUCUUAUUUCGCUCUCGAACAACGAUGGCAAAAACAUUGAACUAAAAUUUGUGGACACCAUGCGAAGACAGUUUGAAUUCUCCGUCGAUUCUUUCCAAGUCAAUCUCGACUCUCUUCUUGGCUUUUACAAACUUUCCUGCGUACCCAUGAAGCCGAAUUUCUUUCCCACAGUAGUGGCAGAGUCGGUGUACGGGGAUAUUAAAGUUGCCUUAUUUCACUUAGACAACCAGUUGAUAGCGACCCGGAACCCCGAGGAAAUUCGCGGAGGCGGACUGCUUAAAUAUUGCAACCUUCUGGUCAGGAAUUAUCGCCCUGAGAACAUGGACGAAUUAAGACUGCUCGAGAGAUACAUGUGCAGUCGCUUCUUUAUUGAUUUUGGGGACUUGGAGUCGCAAAGACAGAAGCUAGAAAGCUACUUGGCGAAUCAUUUCAUCGGCGAGAACGACACCAAAUACGACUACCUAAGCAUUCUGUACACAAUUGUGGCAAACUCUACUGUUUGCCUGAUGGGACAUGAGCGCCGGCAAACUCUCCGACUGAUCUCAACCCUUGCGAGGAGGUACUGUGGGAACAGUGCUACCUACGCCGAUGGAAACUACGGGCGUUUCGCCUCUCAAGGUGGACAGUACUUCACACAAGAAGAGGACGGAAGCUGCAGUCGUGGUUACACCACUAACCUAGUACCGUGUUACUAGGCAUUCAGACUGCCGAUAGAAACCGUAAAAAAGGUUAUUUUGCGAUCAAAUUCAUGUAGAUAAAUCCACGAAUUACGGCGCGUCUCUAACGGCUUGCCGUCAAUGUAUUUUGUAGAUAUAAGAAUUACUCGACGACGGAAUUGUUCCCGUAACAAAAACUUACGCUUAUUUUGAGUGAGAUUUGGUUGUACGACCACCCGUAGGAGCGGGACAUAUCAAUCAUUUAACAUUUAAAAGGUGAUCUAAAAUAUAUAUAUUUGAAACUGUAACCCUUAAAUCCGAAGAAUUAUGGGUCAAUGUACGUCCGCGGCGUUGUAUUUAGUGUGAGUGAAUUUAGCGUUCGCCAGCCAACGUAACACGAUAUGCCUUUAUUUACGGCCAUUCGUGGCGCAAUCAAAAUAUAAACUCACAAAAAUAAUAAAAUUAUAUUUUAAAUGGAUCAUGAACACUGAAAACACUGAAAAUAGCUUGGAGCUCCAGCGGUAGUUUUAAUGACUGCAAUGAUGUAAAAGUACGGAGAGAGGAAAUAGAUUAUUUUUCGUAAA